AUGAGCACCGACCAGAAGCCAUUCGUAGCCAUUUCCCUCCACCUGGAUACGGUCGAUGAGUUGGGCCCAGAGAUUGAACGUGCGGCGAAAGCUAACUUCAAUUCCAUCACCAUUCCCGUUGUGCAUUGGCGCUUCGACCGAGAGUUUGAGCGGGAACCUCUGCGCACCAAGCACCAGCAGUUUACCCGAUCGGAUUUGCUGCUUUCCUCCACCCAGUGGCUGAACAAAAUCAUCUGCCGCAUCGCGGAUCCCGUUGCGUUAAACUCUCCGAUCGAACGGGUACGCAAACAAGCAGAACGGACUUUGUCGCAGGAGAUUUCGUUUGCCCAGCAUCUGAUGCAGAAUGGUUAUAUGUACACCAAACUGACCAGUGAAACUAGUGCCAAUUUCGCCCGAAUUGUGUCCAGUGUGCUUGCCAAUGGUACACUGCUGGUAGAAGUUCCCAUGGUCAAUCCGACGGUAGCGCAGUGUUGCUGGCGGAGGGAUGUUGAUGGCGAAGAACCGCCGGUGGCAGACGACCCGUGGAAGUGGUGGAACACCUUUCGUUCGCAUGCCGAUUUCAACCACCAAGUUAAGGUGGCCCUCGAGCUAACGGUUGAUGUACCGCAGCAGGGAGAAAUUUACCGCUGGAUGGGCGAACCGAUCGAUGCAGUGGUACUGCCCGCAAAUGUGUUCCUUACGAACGCCAAGAACUAUCCGGUGCUGUCUAAGGCCCAUCAAUCCAUUGUGACAUUUCUCUACCGGACGUUCUCGUGCCACUUUAUACUCAAAGCCAAUCCUGCCGAUGGGCAUCUGGUACACUACGUGGACUACAUUAAGCACAUCUUGAGCGCCAAUUACGUUCCCGAUCCGAUGCAGGGAUACGACGAUCUGUUGGAAAUACCGCUGCAACCGCUGUACGACAAUCUGGACAAUUUUACGUACGAGGUGUUCGAGAAGGAUCCGGUCAAGUACAUCCGCUAUCAGGAUGCGAUCGAGCAGGCUCUGAGAGAUCGGGUCCCGGACGAGGAAGCGGAACAGAAAACCACGAUCGUCAUGGUUGUCGGCGGUGGCCGUGGCCCUCUGGUCCGAGCGACGCUUAAUGCUUCGGUGAAGGCGAACCGAGCCGUGAAAGUGUACGUCGUGGAGAAGAAUCCGAACGCCAUUGUCACGCUGACCGCACUGAUCGAUGAGAUAUGGAAAAACCGAAACGUCGAGCUCAUCUCUACCGAUAUGCGUGAGUUCAAUCCACCUGAGAAGGCGGAUAUUCUCGUGUCGGAACUGCUCGGAUCGCUCGGUGACAAUGAACUGUCCCCCGAGUGUCUCGAUGGGGCGCAGAGGCAUCUGAAGGACGACGGCAUCAGUAUACCGUGCAAAUCUACCUCAUACCUCAACCCGUGUAUGGCCUCGAAGGUGUACAAUCAGGUACGCACUCUCGAGCGAAACCCGAACAGGAAGGAUCGCGUAGUGUCCUCGCGGCAUAUGGAACAAACUUACGUCGCUUACCAGAAGAACGCUUACCACAUCGACGAUCCGCAGCCGUUGUUCGAGUUCGUCCACCCAAACCGACAGCAGCCCAUCGACAACAGCCGAUACCGGGUGUUACGGUUCAAGGCCAGCCUGGACUGCGUGCUGAACGGGUUUCGCGGUAGCUUUGACACGGUGCUCUACAAGGAUAUUACGCUCAGCAUUCACCCGUUCACGCACACUAUCGGGCUCGGAUCGUGGUUCUCGAUUUUCGUUCCACUGACGGAACCGGUCCAGGUGAAGGCGGGCCAGGAGAUUGUGCUGCACUUUUGGCGCUGUGUAGCCUCGCACAAGGUUUGGUACGAAUGGAGCCUCGGGGCACCGGCCGUUACGCAUGUGCAUAAUCUCAACGGACGCGGUCAUCCGAUAUGGCAAUAGGCCAAGGCCGAAGUUUC